CCCGCCAGGCCCCCCCCGAGGGGCUGCCCCGUUCGCCGCCUGUCCCGCUUCUCAUUCUUUUCAUUUUUUAACCCGAAUCGCCCCUUUUUUGCCCCAAAUCGCCCCUUCCCCCCCCCCCGCGAUGUCUCCGUGGGGCCGCUGCCCGCUGGUGGAGGACAGUUUCAGCCGCCUGGGCUCGCAGAGCAACGUUUACGGGCUGGCGGCGCUCGAAGGCCCCGCCGCCGCUUUUGGGGCGAAUUCGGGCGGUUUUGGGGCUCCCGGGGGGCUCUUGGCGGCCCCGCUGAAGGGGAAGGUGCUGCUGUUCCGGUACCUCCAGCUCCGCCCGCGGCUGCGGCCCCAGGCCCGGGAGAUGCAGUUCACCUACAUCCCCGUGGACGCCGAGAUCGUCUCCAUCGACUCGUUCCCCAAAUCCCCCCCCCAGAGGGGGCUCGUCGUGGGAAUCACCUUCAUCAAGGAUUCCGGGGACAAACCGAGCCCCUUCCUCAACAUCUACUGUGACUACGAACCCGGCUCCGAGUUCGACCUCGACUGCGUCGCACAGAGCUGCCUGAACCUGGAGCUUCGUUUCACCCCCUUCCAGCUCUGCCACGCCCAGGUCCGGGUGGGGGAGCACGAGGAGACGGUUUUCCUGCUCAGCGGGAACGACCCCGGCAUCCACCUCUACAGGGAGAAUUCCUCCUCCCACCAGUUUGAGGAGCAGCCCAUCCAGCUGCUCUUCCCGGAGCUCCAGGACAUUCCCAGCAACGUUUUGUGGUUGGAUGUUCAGCCCCUCCCGGGCUCCCGGCACCGGCUCUCGGCCCUGGGCUGCCAGAGCGGCUUCGUCCGCGUCUCCCGCGUGGAUCAGGAUUCCAGAGAGGUUGUGCAGAGCUGGAGCCUCCAGCAGGACGGGCCCGUCUCCUCCGUGCUGCUCUUCCCGCUGCCCCCGGAGCCACACGGUGCCCCCGAGGACUCCUGGAACGUCCUGGUGACCAGUGCCCUGGAAGCCGCCGUCGUCUACAGGAAUGUCCUGGAUCGGGGCCUUGGCUCCCCUCAGGUUCUCCCGGGCAGCUCCGGCUGCGACUCCGUCGUCUGCGCCCGCGUCACCGACGUCGACCUGGACGGAAUUCCCGAGAUCCUGCUGGGGACUUACGGACAGGCCCUGCUGUGUUACAAGUGUUCCCGGCCGGAGGGGGGUGGGGAUUGGGAAUUCCGGCCCCUCUGGAGCCGCCGUUUCCCCUCCCCCCUCCUGGCGCUGCGGCCGCUGGACCUGACGGGGGAUGGGCUGCGGGAACUCGCCGUCGUCUGUCUCAGGGGGCUGCACGUCCUCCAGCACAGCCUGGAGCCGACGGCGCGGCUGCUCCUGGAGCGGCUCCGACGGGAACUUCGGGAAGUUCGGGAAGUUCGGAGGAAACGGGAAGAGGGAAAAGGGGGGGGAGGGGAAAAGGGGGAGGGGGGAGGGGAAGGGGGAGCCCCCAAAUCCCUGGAAUCCCAAUAAACCGAUCCCGGAGACGCCC